CCUCGCAAGGUCCAACUGGUGAAAGCAAAACUUUGACGCUGUGAUGUCAUCAAUGAGCGACGAAGACCCACAUGUCAUCCAGCUGAGGUUAGCUCUUCACAAGUCAAGAAAUGGCCAGACAGUGGUCUGAAGGCCACUCCACCUCCGUCUUGUGUGUUGGUGCUUCUUCGGGUCCAGAGGAUCUCAUUGCUUCAGGCGCUGAGGGUGGACAGAUUACAAUCUGGGGGCAAGAUGGCACCAUUGCAGGCCGUAUCACCGUUCCUGGGGAGGGCGACAUCACCAGUGUGGUGUUUUCCCCCGCAGCUUCAAACCAGCUGUUUGCGUCACACGGAGACACGGUGAGUGUGCUUGAUCCAAGGAACCUCAAGAGCUCCGUGGAGGAUUUCCGAGAAGCAGGGGAAGAGGAGAUCAACUCUUUGGCACUGAAUGAGACGGGUUCAGCCCUGGCGGUAGCUGAUGAUUCUGGGGCGGUGCGAGUGCUGGAGAUCCCGGGGGGUAAAGUGUGCAGGACUCUUCGCAGACACACAAACAUCUGUUCUUCUGUGGCUUUCCGACCCCACCGGCCCAACAACCUGGUGUCUGUUGGACUGGACAUGCAGGUAAUGUUAUGGAACCUGCAGAAAACACGGCCCCUAUGGACCCUCAACCUCCAGGAUGCAGCAGAAGACGACGAAGGCCUCCACCAGCAGCCCGCUGGUCAGCUCUUCAACCCUCCACUGGUGCACUGUGUGACGGUGGCGAGCUGUGGUAACGUUUUAGGCUGUGCAUCAGAAGAUGGGCGGGUGCAUGUGAUGCGGAUUGGCAGCGGUUCCAAACUGGAGCAGCAGGGAGCCCUCAAAGCUCACAGUCAGGGAGCUUCACAAGCACAUUUUGUCGGUUUCUUAUCGCAUCCUUACUGGCUCGUCACCGGAGGAAACGACAGCCAUGUGGCCUUGUGGGACCUCGGUAAGCAUCCGGUGGUAUCUCCAGAGGGAAAACCGCAAGGAGCGGCACCACAGCACAGAAAGAGGAAGAGCAAGUCAAAGAGAAAAGAGCAGACUCCGAAUAAAGAACAGACUGCGCAGCUGGAAAAGGAAGCAGAGGAGGAGGAAGACACAGCUGCAGAGAAGGUAACGGACAAGCCUGGCCCCAAACUGAGCAUCAAGCACAGCGACAAAGUGAACUGGUUGUGUCCUGCGGUGCUGAAAGGAGUACCCAGCGUGAUGGUCGCAGACCAAAGCUGCAGUUUGACAGUGUAUCCUCUGUCUCAGAUGUAGCAGCAUCCAAUUUCAAUAUGCUUGGUUUGUUUGAUUCUGUGUGGAAGACUGACCAUAGUUGGUUGCAGCUCAUCUGCUUGCAUUAAAAACACAACCACAAGCUUCUUGUUCAGUAAGACUAGUGCUAAAGAUACAAAAAAAUAGAAACAGGCCUGAAGGUAAAACAUACAUCUUUGCCAGUGGAGUGAGUCGUAUUUCAAACACUUUUAUUUUUUAAACGAAAUCACAGUUUUUAAUGAAAACGACUCCAAACCAGACAAACAUGAAAAUGAACUUAAAUUGGUUUGUGGAAAUAAAAUCUUGAGUCAUCUCAUCUGUAAAGUA